AUGCUUGGAAGCACCAGUCACCUGCGAAGAAUGGGGUUUGUAGACCGCUAUGCCAAAAACCACCAUGCCACGAUGGGAAAUACGAGCGAAAAGCCUUCCGGAAUGAGCAAAAAGAGCUCGAAAUCGCUGCUUACUGCGAGGCUGCAAAUUUUGUCUACCGCUGUAAAUAUCGACAAUAUUUUCAAGCCAUUCAGCCCGGCCUCCAUUUUCUAUUCAAUACUGGCCCUGAUAGCCAGUUUUAUUCUUCAGCCCUGCAUGCCACAAAUCAGAGACUCUGCGUCUUCUCUGGCUCCUUCUCCACGCAUUCAGGGCGGCUUUGCGCGAAGCGCUCACCAAAAAUUCUGCUCCUGCUGCCAAGGAAGCCUUUCAGAGGCUGUGAAAUACCAGACAGACUCAAGCGUCUAUUUGCAUAAGCUUCCAAUCCUACCUUCGCGUAGUAUUAUUGCAGCACUCUCCAAAAAGCUGUACAAGCGCUCCAAAAAGUUUCGAGGAUCCAUGUACAUGCACCUGUUGCAACCCUCACCCUCGCCAACCCUUCUCCAGUAA